AUGAAAUUCUUUUCAACAUUCGGAAUACUCGCAUUAUGUGUCGCUGCUGUGUCGGCACACAGUUCAAUGCUUUACCCAGCUCCACGAGGACACCCACAAAAUCCUAACGCUGCCGUAAAAGAUUACGAUUGUAUAACUGCGCCAUUAAAUCAAGGCCCAACCUGUAAAGCGAAGCCAUUUCCAUGUGGUGGUUAUGCAAUGGACACCAAAAUCACCCAAGUUUUCCGUGCUGGUGAUAUUAUCAAUGUGAAAUUCUGGAAUUCAGCGUUCCCCAAUGGUCCACAAACAGGUUCUGAAAGCAACAACCAAGCCAGACACAAUGGUGGUCUUUGUGAAUUCGCUUUAUCCUAUGACGGGGGUCAAACUUACACAGUUAUUGCUACUUAUCAUAGGACUUGCCCAGAUAUCUACUUUGAUUGGAAAGUAAAGAUCCCAGAUGCAGCGCCAUCAUGUGAUAAUCCAGGAAAAUGUAUCUUCUCUUGGACAUGGAUAAACGCUCUCGGAAAUCGUGAAUUCUAUCAAAAUUGUGCCGACAUUAAACUUAUUGGCACUGCAACAGCACCCUUACCAAUCAUUGAUAUUACUCGAGCAAACUUGCCACCACAAUUCCCUGAAAUUAUGACUCCAGAGGGUGAUCCAUCAAAUGCUGGCAACGCUAAAGGAUCCGGUCCUUCCUCUUCCGAUGUUUCAGAUAACAUGGAUCUUAAUAUUGGUGGCUCUGGUGGUUCUGGAGAAAAAAAUAUGUCAGAACAAAACGACCAUUUGUCACCCAUGGACAUUCCUUCGUCUCAGAGAAGUAAUACCAAUGCUAACACAUUAAAUCAUCGGCGAAGAGGUACAGGGAGAAGUAUGGGUGGUAUCGCUUCAAGUUUAUCGAACAUCGGAAGUACAUUACAAUCUUGGACAGGGAAUUACAGUCAUACUGUCAGUACAUAUAUAUCCGAUAACAUAUCUGUUCCUGCUUCAUUUGUCGGGGAAACAGCAUAUGCUAACGAUGACCUUGAGCAUUUUGAAGGUGAACAACAACAGCCUCCAUUUUUUAGUUCACCUCCAAUCAGCAUCCCACGCGGUUUCUAUGGAUCAUUCUUAUCCCCGAUAAGCGGAAGUCCUCAACAUUCAGAAUACGGAACUCCUGUUGCUGCCUCGAUCCCUGCGUCUAUUUUAUAUAAUGAUCGACGCCCUCGGCGGCAUUCAAGAGCACCUUCAUACACUUCGGGGCAUAAAUUCAUCGAUGAGACGAUGCCACUCACUCGAACUCUGACAAAGAGUUCACUAGCGUCUGUACCAAUAUCGGUGGUACAAGAUAUGCAUGGAAUUCCCGUUCAUAUUGGAUCAACAUUUCGUCAAUCUAUAUUCAAUUCUUGUAACAUUUUGAUCGGCAUCGGAAUCCUUGCUUUACCUUUGGGUUUCCGAUUUGCCGGUUGGGCGAUCGGAUUAUCACUUUUCGUGUUUUGUCUCUGUGUUACUAAUUACACUGCAAAGUUAUUAGUAAAGUGUUUGGACUACGAUGAAGGGCUCCACACUUAUGCAGAUAUGGGUGCUAUCGCAUAUGGAGAAGGUGCUCGAUUUGUGAUCUCAGUUUUAUUUUCUCUCGAGCUCAUCGCUUCUGCCACGGCAUUAGUAAUAUUAGUUGGUGAUUCAUUACAUACCAUAUUUCCGGAUGUAUCAUUGAUAGUAUUAAAGAUUCUCGCGUGGAUGGUGAUGACACCAUUAACCUUGAUGGCCAUUCGUUACCUUUCCUAUUUUUCUCUUCUCGGGAUCUUUUCAGCCACUGCUUUAGUAUGCGUCUUGAUUUAUGAUGGUCUCACCAAAUUUGGAAAACCCGGCAGUUUGAUAGAUCCGAUGGAUACUGGGCUCUUACCGGAGUCGUGGGCGACACUUCCAAUGAGUUUCGGACUAAUCAUGGCUGGAUUCACGGGACAUGCUGUGUUUCCUACUGUCUAUCGUGAUAUGGAAAAUCCCAAAGAGUAUCCAAGAAUGGUUAAUCUGACUUAUGCUAUGACAACAAUUGUGUAUUUAGCUAUGGCAGUUUGUGGAUAUUUGAUGUUUGGUAAUACGACUAUGCAAGAGAUAACACAAAACAUUAUGGCAACACCUGGAUAUAAUCGACUUCUCAAUCAAAUGGUAAUCUGGUUAGUAGCCAUCAACCCAAUAGCAAAAUAUGCGCUAACCCUGAACCCGAUAAAUCUUACACUCGAAAUCUAUUACAACACGAUUCCUUGGAUUGAAAACUGGUCACAUCGAGGUCGAGGCCGUCGUACAGCUCUAACGUUAUUUACACGAAUUCUCAUCUCGACGAUCGUCGUCAUCGUCGCGAUCCAGUACCCGGGAUUCGAUCGUGUGAUGGGUAUCCUCGGCUCAUUUUUCUCCUACACCAUUUCGGCGAUAUUCCCGUGUUUGUGUCAUUUGCGGUUGUAUGGUCGUGAGAUUUCACGGAGGGAAAAACUGUUGAAUUGGACAAUUAUAUUGGUGUGUUCUUGUUUGGCUACCCUUGGUACUACUUGGGCAUUUUUGUAA